AUGCUCAUGAUGUUCCAGGAUCUGACCAAUUCCAACAGCUCUAUAUUCCAAGUGUCUGAGUUUAUUCUGAUGGGAUUUCCAGGCAUCCACAGCUGGCAGCACUGGCUCUCCUUUCCCCUGGCUUUGCUCUAUGUCUUGGCUCUCACAGCCAACAUACUUAUCAUUACCACAAUCUACCAGGAAGUGUCACUACACCAGCCUAUGUAUCAUUUCCUGGGCAUCCUGUCUAUAGUAGACAUGGGCUUGGCAACCACCAUCAUGCCUAAGAUUUUAGCCAUCUUCUGGUUCAAUGCUAAAACUGUCAGUCUCCCAGAGUGCUUUGCUCAAAUGUAUGCUAUCCAUUGCUUUGUUGCCAUGGAGUCAGGUAUCUUUGUCUGCAUGGCUAUAGAUAGAUAUGUAGUGAUUUGCAGACCACUGAGAUACACGUCAAUAGUUACUGACUCUUUUGUGAUCAAAGCAACUGUGCUUAUGGUCCUCAGAAACUGUGCAAUUCCCAUGUCAGUACCUGUGUUGGCUGCUCAGAGAAAUUAUUGUUCCUGGAAUCAAAUAGAGCACUGCUUGUGCUCUAACUUGGGGGUCACCAGCCUGUCCUGUGACAGGACAGUCAACAGCAUCAACCAGCUGGUCAUAGCUUGGGCUAUCAUGGGAGGUGACCUGAGUUUGAUUAUGAUUUCAUAUGUUUUGAUUCUCCGGUCUGUGAUGAAGCUGAACUCUGUAGAAGCGGCAUCUAAGGCCUUAAGUACCUGUACCUCUCACCUCAUUCUAAUCCUUUUCUUCUACACUGUAGUUGUUGUCAUUUCCAUCACUCAUAGUGCACAAAUGAAAGUUCCCCUCAUCCCAGUUCUGCUGAAUGUGCUGCACAACGUUAUUCCCCCUGCUCUGAACCCCAUGGUGUAUGCACUUAAGAACAAAGAGCUAAAGCAAGGCUUAUACAAAGUGCUUAUGCUAGAUGUCAAAGGAGGCAAAAAAUGA